GUAUCCAACAAGCUAAUAAUCCAAACACGGAGAGCCGGACCGUUCGCAGUGGAUGAUAUGGCCCAUGGCCUGAAUUCGUCGCUGAUUCCCAGAUGAUGCCAACAGCAGGUGGCUUUUUCUUUCAAGUGACAGAGAUGGACGUCAAAGCAGCUCCACCGACGACGGACGCUUUGGGCCGCAUCAACUCCAACAUGAAGAGCCUGGAGCAUGAGCUGCACUGUCCUGUGUGUAAGGACAUAGUGAAGCAGCCUGUGGUCCUGCCCUGCCAGCACAGCGUCUGCCUCAUGUGUGCCUCUGAGGUCCUGGUGGCCAACGGGUACCCCCCUCCGGACCUCCCCCCAGAGCCCAACUCACCAGCAUCCACCCCCAACAUGCGCUCUCCCAGGGGGGCACGCCGACCCACGCCCAAGGCCGAUCAGAGACCCAUCGAUAGGGUGCUACGCUCAGGUCCGCACCCGCCCUCCCCCUCCCUACAGCGCUCUCCUUAUGGUGGGAGGAGGCGUAAAGACGGCCCCCCUCUGAUCAUGAUGUUCCCCUGUGGGACGUGUCGCAGGGACGUGGAGCUGGGGGAGCGGGGUCUGGCCGAGUGUCUCCGAAACCUCACCCUGGAGAGGAUAGUUGAGAGAUAUCGUCACACUGUAAGCCUGGGCAGUGUGGCUGUCAUGUGCCAGUUUUGUAAACCUCCUCACGCGCUGGAGGCCACAAAGGGCUGCGCCGACUGCAAAGCAAACUUCUGUAAUGAGUGUUUUAAGCUGUACCACCCCUGGGGCACCCCCCGGGCCCAGCAUGAGCACAUCCUGCCCACACUCAACUUCAGACCAAAGGUUUUGACGUGUCCAGAGCACGAUCAAGAGAAGCUGCAGUUUUACUGUCGGACAUGUCAGCGCCUCCUGUGUCCUCUCUGUAAACUGCGUCGAGUUCAUGGAGGACACAAAAUACUCCCAGUGGCCCAGGCCUAUCAGGCUCUCAAGGAGAAGAUUACAAAGGAGAUGAACUACAUUUUGUCCAACCAGGACACCGUACUGUCUCAGAUUACACAGCUGGAGAGCGCCAUCACCCAGACGGAGGUGAACAGUGUAUCGGCCCGGGAGCAGUUGGCCCAGAGCAUUCGGGACCUGACUGCUGCGCUGGCGGAGCGUCACUCGUCCCUGACCCAGGCGUUGGAGGGGGCGCGGCAGAGGCGAGGGGAGGCGUUGACGGGGCAGGUCUCGGAGAGGAGGAGUCUGAUGGAGCAUGCGGGACUCAUGGCUUUCACCCAGGAGCUGCUAAAGGAGACAGAUCAGCCCUGCUUUGUCCAGGCAGCACGCCAAACUCACAACAGGUUGAGUAAAGCUAUUGAGAAUCUGCAGCAUUUCACGUUGGCGGCCGAUCCUUCGUUCAGACACUUUCAGCUGGAUGUUUCUAAAGAACUCAAACUACUCACAGACCUGAACUUCAUCCAAGCUCCUCAGGCUCCCGUCAUAGACACCCAGCGCUCUCUGGCCUACGACCAGCUGUACCUGUGCUGGCGCCUGCCCCCAGAGUCUGCUCCCGCCUGGCACUUCUCAGUGGAGUAUCGGCGUCGCGGGGUGGUCCCAGGAGGAGGAGCACGUGGGGGGAUGAGGGGGGGUCUGUCUGCGGCGCGCUGGGGAUGGCAGAGGAUGGACGAGGUGACCGGGGGCAGUGCCGUGAUCGACCGCCUGGAGAUGGACAGUGUGUAUGUGCUGAGGGUCCGAGGCUGCAACAAGGCGGGAUACGGAGACUACAGCGAGGAGGUGUACCUCCACACCCCUCCCGCCCCAGUGUUAAACUUUUAUCUGGACUCUCGCUGGGGUCUCCAUGCCGACCGGCUGGUGGUAACGAAGGAGCAGCGCUGCGCCCGUAGUGUCCCGGGACUGUCUCUGCUGCAGGCCGCUGACCACGCUCUCACUUCCUGUCACCUGACCUCUGACCUUCUGGUGGGGGACGUGGCCAUCACACAGGGGCGGCACUACUGGGCAUGCUCAGUGGAGCCCGGGUCUUACCUGGUCAAGGUGGGUGUGGGUCUGGAGUCCAAACUACAGGAGUGGUUUCACCUUCCACAAGACAUGGCCAGUCCACGCUAUGACCCAGACAGCGGGCACGACAGCGGUGCAGAGGAUGGUGUUGACUCUGCCCCUCCCUUCUGUUUCCUCACAAUGGGGAUGGGUAAGAUAUACUUGCCCCAGCACAACUAUCACCACAGCAACAACAACCACGGCAACGGCACCCGAGAUUCCAUCGCCAAUGGCAACGCCCCCUCAGCACCCGCAGGGGUCACCUACCCUCUGCCCCCCCGACUGGGCGUGUGCUUAGACUUCGAGAAGGGACGGGUCACGUUUUACGACGCCCAUUCGCUGAGGCCGCUGUGGGAGGGGCAUGUGGACUGCUCCGGUCCAGUGUGCCCCGCCUUUUGUUUCAUUGGGGGCGGGGCUUUGCAACUUCAGGAGCUCGUAGCCAAUAGGAACGCAGAUCAGACGCCGGUGAGGAGGGUUACCAUCCAACCACGUGUUUCGAAUAUUAACAGCAUCAAUAACAACAACUAAGAGACAGAGAGAGAGAAUAAAUAUGAGGUGUGCUCUGAUCAGGCAUUACAUUACAGCCACUGAGAAGUCUAGAACAUCAGCUCUUGAUCCUGGUACCAGUUUUUUUGCUUUAUCUAACAUUGUAUAUACAAGUUGUCAUAGUUGUCGUGAGUAGUAGCCAAAUAAUUUACUCAAGUACGAGUGCUGUUACUUCUAAAUAAUAUUACUCAAGUAGAAUUUCAAAGUCAUUGCCAUAAAAUCAUAUCUGAAAGAGCCGUGCAAGACUUACUCACAUUGCGAAGAGUAAUCAAAACUGUGUAAAAGUUAUUACACAUGCAGGACUAAAACUAUAGUGUCUGUCUGGAAAUUUCCAAGAACUACAAUUUUAUUAAAAAGUGACUCAAGUACACAGUAGAAUAAACAGUAGAAUAAUGAUAACAGUGCUGAUAUUGUAGGUCUGACUCCUGGUGCAUUAUCCACACAGAGAGGUUCCAGCAAAACUGAAGCCAGAGUCUUGACUACUGUGUCUCAAGUGGGUGAGAUUGCGCAGUAUUUCACAAAUUUAUCUUCAAUGACGUGCUUGAAGAAAAAAACAAAACAAAUCUGGCCAAAAAUUUGAUGGAGUCCAAGUUGUUGCUACAUCACAGUUUAUAGUAUGGUAUGUAUAUUCUAUGUAUAGGUAUUCGAGACAGUUAAGUAGCUAUAAUGCAGUGCCUGAUAAUUAACUACAGUGAGAAAGUUAGACAUCUCAGCGAUUUUGUUUGUAUUUGAUUUAAUUUGUACGAGAAAUGUUUCUAUAGCAAGAAUAUGCAAUGUAAUUAAGUUUCUUACGUUUUGUUAACACAGAUUUUUUGCUUAAAGUAAACCUACACUUGAUAUGUAAUUAAUAUGGCCUGUUUAGUAGUUUUCGCUUUAUCGCAGAAGUUUAUAACGCUAUCGUACUUGUAGAUUCACUGUGCCCUGCUCGUUGAAAGCCAUUAUCAGUGCUUAAAGCUUAUUGUACCUGAUUUUGAAUAUAUUAUGUGAUGAAAUACACCAAUUUUAUGAAACAGAAACAGUCUUUAGAUGGGAUUUCAUGGUGUGUACUAACAGCCACCCAACCAGCCAAAGUUAUUAUUGUUAUAUUGCAGAUUGCAAGUGGUGAAGUAGUAGUAGAAAGAAACAAUGAGGCAAUACUGUAAUUAAAAGCGCUAAUUGCACCACGGCUAAUCACUGCUUUGCGCCGUUUAUUUUAUGCAAUUUUAAUUUUGUGUGAGUGAGCGAGCAUGAUUUGUAUGUUUUGGCAUGAGAGAGAGAGAGUUUUGACUGAAAGUGCUACCAUCUCACGGGCUGUUGCUAAAAGGUUGUCUCCCUGCAAACCAUAUGUACUUGUUUGUUUCUUUUUUGGCCUGGCUUGAAUGAUUGUAAGUUAACAGCGCUUCUAUGAAAUAAUUAGCAGAUAUGUAAACUCCACCUGCUGGCAGA